AGAAGCUAGUGAGCGACCUGAAGAAGGUGGACAACUUCAGGUCCUCGUUUCCUUUCGACACCUUCCAGCACUUCAUGAAGAGGGCUGGAAUUACCACGGCAUACCAGGAAAAGCCCUGCUUGAACCCUGCGGAUCCUCGCUGCCCCAAGACGGCCCCCAACAAGCAGAGUGGACGGCCUCCCGACAUUGGGGCCGAGCUGACCGGGGGCUGCUACGGUUUCGCCACCAAUUUCAUGCACUGGCCCGAGGACCUUAUCGUCGGAGGCGUUCAGAAGAAUCGGUCGGGCCACAUUGUCCGUGCGGAGGCCCUCCAGUCGGUGGUGCAGCUGAUGGCAGAGCGGGACAUGUACCAGUACUGGAAGGGGCACUACCGGAUGGUCCAGCUGGACUGGAGCAUAGACAAGGCCCGGGCUGUGCUCGAGGCCUGGCAGCGCAAGUUUGCCCAGGAGGUGCUUAAAGAGGGCGAUUCGGAAUCGCCGCCCAACGUGAGCCGCAAGGUUGCAGGCGACAUGCACGUCUUCACCGGCACCUCACUCACCGACGUCAUAAAGGACUUCUCGGAGGUGAAUCCCACCAGGGUGGCCCUAGGGUGCCUGCUCAUGAUGGGGUAUGCGUGGGUUGUCCUGUGGCGCCCCCUGGACCCCCCAGGGUCGCGUGGUCUCCUGGGUGCCCUGGGGGUCCUCCUGGCCGUGGGGGCCGUGGGGGCCGGCCUGGGCCUGUGUGCCCUGCUAGGGCUGCCCUUCAACGCGGCCACCACCCGAGUGCUGCCCUUCCUCGCCCUGGGCCUGGGGCUGGACAACCUCUUCCUGCUUGCUCAUGCUUACGAGGACGCAGCCAAGGCACGCAUUCCGCCGCAGGAGCGCACAGGGCAGGUGCUCAAGUGCGUGGGCACGAGCGUGCUGCUGGUCUGGGCGAGCACGGUGGGCGGCUUUGUGGCAGCAGCCCUGAUCCCGGUGCCCGCCCUGAGGGCCUUUGUCUUCCAAGCGGCCCUGCUGCACACCUUUGCCGUGGCAGCCAUGCUGCUCCUCUUCCCGGCCGCCGUGAGCGUCGACCUUCGGCGCAGACGGCGCAGUCAUCGGCUGUGCUGCUGGUGCGGUGGCUCCCCCUGCCUCCCCGAUGGCCAAGGCACUAUCAACAGGAACGACGAAGAAGUCCCGGUGGAGACUCAAGUCCAGGCACCAUCCAAGCGCCAAGCCCUGGCCAGGGCGUUGCCCCCGGACCAAAGUCACGUGGUCACGGUGCUCGCUCCCGCGGGUCCCUUGGAGCCUUGGGUGGGCAUGGACGGCCCAAGGGACAAGAUGGCCGCCGUCAGCGAGGACCUGCUGCCCAAACCAAACAACCCGCUGCAGCAGUGGCGCCGGUGGUCUCUCAGCUACUUCGUGUCGUACUACUACGCUCCAUUCCUGCAGCAGACACCAAUCAAGGUGCUGACGGUGCUGGGGCUGGCAUCGCUGCUGUCGGCGUCUGCCUGGGGCGCCCUGCGGGCAGACGAGGGGCUGGCGCUGUCGGAGGUGGUCCCAGGGGGCAGCCAGGAGCAGGCCUUCCUGCGGGCCCAGGGUCGCUACUUCGGCUUCUUCCACAUGUUCGCCGUGACUCGGGGCAACUUCGAGUACCCGACCAAGCAGCGCCUGCUGCUCGAGUACCACGAGGCCUUCACCUCCGUCGAGCACGUCAUCAAGAACGACGACGGAGGCCUGCCGGACUUCUGGCUCACCCUCUUUCGAGACUGGCUGCUCGAGCUUCAGGCUGCCUUUGACCAGGACUGGGAAGGCGGCUGCAUCACGCGGGAGCAGUGGUUCCCCAACGCCUCGGACGAAGGGGUGCUUGCCUACAAGCUGCUCGUGCAGACGGGCAGGGUGGACAACCCCAUCGACAAGACCCUGGUGCUGAAGGGCCGCCUGGUGGACGCGGAGGGCCUGGUGAACCCCAAGGGCUUCUACAACUACCUGUCAGCGUGGGCGUCCAACGACGCCCUGGCCUACGCAGCGUCCCAGGCCAACCUGCGGCCUGAGCCACGGCAGUGGGUGCACUCGCGGGAAGACGUCGAGCUGCGCGUCCCCAAGUCUGCACCGCUCGCCUACGCCCAGAUGCCCUUCUACCUCAGGGGCUUGAGGAGCAGCGGAGAAGUGUCUCGUGCCCUGGAGAGCGUGUGGGCGCUGUGUGGCCGCUUCGAGGCCCGCGGCCUGCCCAACUUCCCCAGUGGGGCGCCCUUUGCCUUCUGGGAGCACCACUUGCGGCUGCGCUCGCACCUCCUCGCUGCGCUCGCCCUGGCCCUCGCGGCGGUCUUCCUCGUGGUCGCCCUCUCCCUCCUCAACCUCUGGGCCGCCUGCCUCCUGGUUCUGGUGUUGGCAAGCAUGGUUCUGGAGCUCUUCGGAGCCAUGGGGUUCCUGGGCGUGGGACUGAGUGCUGUCCCGGCGGUCGUGCUGGUCAUUGCUGUCGGCAUCGGAGUCCACUUUACCGCUCACAUCACUGUGGGCUUUCUGACGAGCAUCGGCAGCCGAAAUCGGCGAGUGGCACUCAGCCUGGACUCCAUGUUUGCGCCUGUCGUCCACGGUGCAGUCUCUACACUUCUGGGAGUCCUCAUGCUUGCCUUCUCGGAAUUCGAUUUCAUCGUCAGGCACUUCUUCUAUGUGCUGUCAGCGCUGAUCGUGAUUGGCCUGCUCAAUGGCCUACUCUUCUUGCCGAUCAUCCUCUCCCUGGUUGGGCCCCCUGGCGAGGUGGUGCCCAAGGGAGACUCGAACCGCAUCUCGACUCCGUCGCCGCAGCCGUCGCCCGAGCCGCGGAUGCGGCCGCGCCAUUCGAGGCCCUCUGGGGCUGGCCAGGGUGGCGCCAGGGGCGGCUGUACCCUGGGCGCCGGCAUGCGCCGCAGCGAGCAGCCCCACCCGUGGGCGGACUCCCUGAGCACCAUCUCGGAGGAGCCGCCCUCGUACCACUCGUGCUCCUCUCGCGAGAUCGUGCUCCACCCAGAGGUGGUGGUCGAGACCACCACUGUGACCAACACAACCACCACCGCGGUGAGCGGAGGAGAUGCCCACAGCGCCAGGGGAAACGCGGAUGGAGGGGAGAGGGCAGCCUCGGUGCAGAGCAGCACGAGCACCAGCAGCAGCUCCAGUCGCUCGCCCACCCCCAAUGGCGGCGCCACGUCGGCGCCCACCGUGGUGCAGACGAGCACCGACUGCAGCUCCCAGCCGGGCUCCGCCACCACCAACGUCACCACCAAGGUCACCGCAAAGGUCAAGGUCGAGGUGCACGCACCUGUUCACGGUUCAGACCGGAGUCACAAACACCGGAGGCGGCGAGAUGGCGGCUACUCCCGGAGCUACGACCACGACCCCAAGUCUUAGUGCCUACCCUACCGACAGCGAACUGUCAUGUUUUCGCAACGCCGCCGCCACCCUGUCUUCAAGUCGUACACCAAUACGCUUCUGGACGACAACGACCUCGGAACGCUCCAGUGCGGACUCGCAUGACAGACUCGCGAUUCUGUCGAGGGACCAUUUUCCACACGUGCGAGAGUGUGACCGAAGUCGCAGUGGCGUACGUCGGAUCGACGUUCCUUGGAGGACGGCGAUCGUCCAAUCAGUGCAGGGUUUACGAGUCAAGACGGCCGCAGUAUUUAUUUGCCGACGUUGUACAUAGCGCGCAAGGGACUCUGUCUCAGACGGAACGGCGCGUGUGGGUGUGUGCCGUGGGAGUGGCCUUCAAAGUUCCAUGGACAAGAAACGUUCCGCAUCUACUGCUCGACUAACUCAACUACCUCAGGGAGCAAAGAGUGUGUCUGUAGAGUGAUCCAAACCCAGUGUCGCGCCUCUUGCAGCUUGCCGGGGAAUGCAGGAAUCGUUUGUGGUGUCGUGCUACGAGUCUUUUGCAAGCCUCUUUUAUGGUACAACUUCUGCGAGGAGACUAGGAAUGGGCCACCAGUUGUAAACUAAAUUAUACUCAGUUGGAGGCCUGCAGGUAGCUACUCUGCCUUCACUGUCGCGACUUUGUCGUUGAUUAGUGCAAAACCUUCAACAACUUACGCGCAAUUUUUGCCUUUUUUUUAAAGUUUGAAGUGAAGCGAGUAAGUAACAUGUUGGCCAUUGCUUUGACAGAGGCAAAGCAGGGCUUAUUACGGGUAAAAGUCUAUAAGUUGUGUUUUGCAGAGAGUUUUUCCUCAUGCCGUUGCAGACCACGCACACAUUUCGUUUUGACAGGCGAUGUCAGUUUUUUUUCGUGAAUGGGGCUGCGAGCACUUUAGAAUUACGGUGAGAAAAUUGCAGCAGAUUUUUUUCCUACCAAAGACGGCAACCUCAUCCAACUCUUCUAAAGUUCUCAUGCGCCGCAAGUUAGUCAGAAAAAGCUCCAAGCUUUCCAGCGAGACAUAUGGCCAUUCUUUUUUUAAUGCAAAUUGGUUUGGAACUGAUUCGAUGGAGAUGUCAUCUUGGACGAGCAGAUUUUGAUCUGGAAACGACGAAUGAACUUUGUGGCGGUGUCCAAAUGAUUGUUCAGUUCUUCAGAUUUAACCAAACCAAGGAGAUGUCUGCAUGUAUAAUAUGUAUGUAUAUUUAUUGUGUUUCUAUACAUACACCUCCCAUUCUGUGUCGCGAGGAAAAUCGACCGGCCACGCUCAGAACGUAUCUGCCUCUGUGCUUGCGGAAACAAUGCAGAGGCACCUUAUUUAUUUUCUACAUUGCGAGCAUCUCAUUUUCGCUGUCCCAUCUUCGUUACCAGAGACUGCACGCUUCUUUGCGUGGGACCACUGACAAAUAAAUACCUUCCCUAAUUAUUUUUAUAUAUUGAAAUGAAGUAAAAGUUCACUUCAGCUGGAA